CAGUCACGUCAUUCAAAAUGAGUUGGUAGCGUUUGUAGGUGUGUGCGGAACUUGUCUGGCGACUUUGAACUAGCGGGAGUCUCUGAGUUGAACUGGUGUCUGGCAAUAAUUAGUCAAGUAGAAUCAGUUGUUGAGUAUGGUUGAACUCUGAUUUGGUUCUGUAGACUCGGUUAUCCGUGUGUGUCUUCGGUUCGUUUUGCAUUAUUGUUGUUGUUAUUCUUUUCUGUUGUCUUUGGCUAGUAAAGGCGCAGUCAAUCAGCCAGUGGUGGACACUGGAAAAGUGGGCAGAAGUGCGCGCGGAUCCAACACUCUUCUCCUCCAUCAUUAUUUGUUUCUUUUUAGCUCCGUUCUUUGGAGCUGCUCCAUUGGUUUUUUUUCGGCGGUUCUGUUUUGCGCUGGCUGGUGAAACGCACUCCCGUCCGUUCGAAGAUACAAGCUCGUGAGAAGUGUCAGUGCUCUGACGUGUGCAAUUGAAUCGUGACACGAAAAGGUUUUUGUGGGCAGUUGCUAAUCGCUGCUUUCCUCAGGCUGAUGUGUGUACGCCGUGCAGAGAUUGGCGUUUGUAGGAAGCGAUGCAGAAAAUGCACGAAUGACGAUCGAAAACAGCAAUGAUUUGAAGCGAAGUCGUGAAAAAAGAUUUACUAGUAGCACCAGCGGCGGAGAGAUACAGCGAAGUGCGCUUAGUGAGCAGAGAGUGGUGUUAUUAUGUGCCCCCGAGAAAAAUUACUAGGAAAAAGGAAGUUUAUUUGCCAUAAUUAUUAGUUAAGCCGUAGUUCAAGUGGGUGAAAAUCAAAGAUUUGUACAAUUUUUGUUUGUUCAAUGAUUUCACCGCAAUUUAUUCAAUGAAUAAACAGUGAAGUUGCUAAACUAGCGGCUCUUGAGUGCGGGAGCAGCGAACAAGUGCAUAUAUUUUCUUGCCAGCAGUCAUUAAGACCGUGUUGUACCUAUGCGCCUCAAACUUUGUGCGUUUUAGGGAACUAAGUGCCUUUCAAAUCAGACGUAAGCGUGGCGGAAGCAACGCGAAGUAAGAGUAUAAUUGCAAAAAAAUUGCAAGUUAAGCUGUGUGGUCUAAAUCACUGUCGAAAGGAAACAAGUGCAGAAGUAAAAAGAAUAUUUACACAUACGCAAGACGAGUUUUAUUCGCUAGAGUUGACGAAAAAGAAAAAACACGGCGAAGAGAAGUAAGAAAACAAAAAAGCGAUAUUAAGAAAAGCUAAUUUUAUCGCUUAAGUAAAGUUGAAACGACGGAGAAGCAAAGUCACAGCCAAGUGUCUCCACACAGGCCUAGGGGCGAGAAUAUCAAGACGUAGACAGAAAAGAAAAAAACAAGGCAAUAAGUAAAACGCGCAUAUACCUCUACAUUCUCUCGCGCUCGCGUGCGCUGCUCUCCGAACACGUAUAGAAAACUACACAGCUAAGCGGAUACAAGAUGGCGUUUAAUAGCAAUAAUAGCAGCAACAACACCAGCAGCAACACAAACCCCUUGGAAAGUGAUGGGGCGAGCAAAAAGAAAAAUCUGAUAAUUCUGGUGGAUAAAGACUCUAACGAUAAGUUGAACGAGCUGUUCGAUAAAGCACUCAGCAAUAAAUUUCCGCUGCAGAUACCAUACCGUAUGCGAAAGCUGCCAGACUCGUUCUUCAAGCCACCGUCCUCCGGGUCCAAAUCGCCGUCGGUUUCACAUUCACGAGAGAAUUCGGCUGAUUCGGCCUUUGGUUCCGGAACCACCAUACUGGGUGGAGUCACAACCGGUCCGAAUGGUUUACCGAUCCAUCACAGUCGUGCCCAUAGCAGUCCGGCCUCGCUGGGUAAGAUUCCGGCCGGUCUGGUUGCCAGUAUCACAGGUUCCAGCGGAGUACAACAAAGCAGCAACAGUAGUAAUGUAAAUAGCAGUAAGACACAGCAAACUAACGUAGGCAGCAGCAACGAUGGCAACAGUCUCGGGGCAACGGGACUUGGCCAGCAGCAGGGUGGUGGCCUCUCGAAGCAGGCCCUUCAGCAUCUACAUAGUCGAGGACGCUCGUACGAUGUGUCCAAUCAACACGCUUUCGGUGAUUUGCCACCCGGCUGGGAACAGGCCAGGACACAAGAUGGACGCAUCUACUACAUAAAUCACAACACGCGAACAACCACGUGGGAGGAUCCCCGCAUAACCGCCCUGCAAGACCAAUUCCAGCAGCAGUCCAGCGUGGAAACUCUCUUCAACACGGGGUCCCAGACGCUGAUAAGUCCCACCAUCUCGUCACCAACGCCGCCCAAUGUGGUAUUUUCAGAUUCGAUCGAAAUGUCGAACGACGUUGCGCCACCGCCGCCGUCGUCGUCGUCGUCCAGCGUACCUAUGCUGAACAGCACCGCUAAUAUCAAUCUCGGUCCACUGCCCGAGGGCUGGGAGGAAGGCAUCACAAACAAAGGCGAACGGUACUACAUCAACCACGCGACACGGACGACCACCUGGAGGGAUCCCCGUUUGUCAAACCAAGACUGGGCGGUGCAAGAGCAAACGGUACGUCUAUACAACCUGCAGCUGGAACGUGAACGCCUCCGGAAACGACAGCAGGAAAUCAAGUCACAUAUGGGUGAGGACCCGUUCCUAUCCGGACUGACAGAUCACUCACGCCAGGAGUCCGCCGACAGUGGUCUGAGUGAAUCAUCGAUAUCACAAUCGAUGCCCCACACGCCCGAUUUCCUGUCCAGCAUAGACGACAGCAUGGACGGACUUAGCAUGACGGAUAACACAAUGGACACGAUCGCAUUUGGGGACAAUCUGGAAACGCCCGACGAAUUUAUGCUGGAUGAUCCUCUUCUGCUGGAAAAAAUUGAUGCUGUUAGUAAUCUGAACCUGAUAGAUCCCGCGAGCGCCAAGCCAGAUAAUACGUUGUACGAUAUUAUCUAGUGGUUUUUGCAGUGUAGAUAUUUGCGCGUUGCCAGCGGAGCAGCUGAGUAUGAGAAAUAGAUGGAACGAUAGUUUACGUUUAACAUAAUAUUUACUUAUGCGUAUGCAAUACAACACCCACAGCCACAAACGGAUAGAAGAAAAAAAAACCAAGAACAAGAAAAAAAGAAACACACGAGGAGAUAGCAACACGACUGACACACACAUAUUCAUGCAAACAUACUAAAUUCUACACCGACUCUUCACACAUAUUAGGCAGAAUUAUCAAAUGUAUUAAUCUUUCCUUCAUACUACGUGAGGAUAAACGAUACAGUUAAAAAAUGGGAGUGUGUGAAAAAUAAUAAAGAAUAAAACGAUCUUAAUUUUAGAACUAAGAAUGAUACUAAAGUAAAGAAAAACGUGACUGUGUUCGAUGUGCGAACACUUAGUCCGUCAGCUAUCAGAACUGAAGAGUGCCCGUAGUACACUACUUCUGUGAAGACCUGCCGAACCGGCGAGCUUCAAACUAAUUGCAAGCAAUGAACAUGUGCCUUCCUAGAAUUUUACUUCUACUCGAUGCAAAACAAGUUGUGAUUUCAUGGUUUAUAUUAUAGUUAUUUCCCAACAUAUCAUGAGGAUCAAUUUUAGAGGAAAAAAAGAGAAAAAUAAUAAUAAUUAGAAAACCUGUGAGUAAAACUCGGGUAAUGAACCGGGAGUUUAAAAAUCAUCUCAACUCUGCAAGUGCAAACAGAUGCAAUUUUAUGUUUCGGAAAAUGUUUGGCCUUUAAUACCUUAUUAUGUUUCGUUUGGAAGUAUUUUUCGAAGAUUUUAAUAUCGUUAGAAAACUAGUUGUGCUGAAUUAAGUGAAAAGCUUACAAAUUAAACUAGUGAAUAAUUUAUACUAUAAUGAAGUCUACUUACAACGAGAGUGCCUUAGAUGAACUGAAGUUUGAAGCAAACAGAAUCAUCAAUGGGCUGUCACGAAUGAUUGAUGGUCAGAUUACAAACAGUUAAUAGCAAAUACGAGAUAUGAUGAAAAUGUGUCACUUUUCGGGCAUAGCAUUAUUUUCACCCUUCUAUCAGUUUUCACCAAACUUCAAAACGAUAUGAAUCUACUCUAUCGCCAUGAAUUAAUGAAAGCUAGCACAAUCGUUAAUGGAUAAGCAAAUUAAUUAAUUGAUACCUAUUGCAACACAUGAAAAUAUGAUACAUAACCUAUUUUCUCAGAAUAAAUUAUUUUUAAAUACACGUACACUAUUACAACAUAUAUAUGCAUACAAACAUCGAAGCAAGCAAAUACAUUUGAUUCAGUUUGUGUGACUCCCCAAAAUUGGCUGCAGAUCUGGUGAAACCGAGAACAGGCUGUCCGGUUCUACUUACAAAAACUACAUGAAAUAAAUUUUAUUAUGCCUACUUACACUCAACACUGCAGUAAGCAGUUGAUUGAGUGUACUUUUACAUUAGUAAUAUUUAGAUCUAGUGUAAAUAAAUAAAGUCUUAGAGUAAUUUUGAUAUCUGCAAUCAAUACACCUUUAUAGUCAUAUUCUAGAAGUUCUCUCAUUUCACUGAAUCGUCAAUUAUUGAACGGUCAGUCUGCACUAUUACUAAAUCAUGGUUAAAACAAAAAAAAAAAAAUAUCCCAACAAUCCUAUUACUACUACUUGCAAUUUUAUUCUUGUCCAUUACUUUCUAUAAAGUUUAAUAGUUUUAACUAUCUUUAAUAAAAGCUUCUAACGGGUUGAUGCUCGGUAAAAAAAAAACAAUCAGCGGAAACACAACGAAUCGAAAUAUAUUUGCUUGAAUUCGGUCUAUAUGCAAAUGUAUGAGUUUGCCAUUGACCACUUUAACUUGUUUAUUCGAAUUGAAAAAAAAACGGGAACCGUAUUCAGAUUCAAUAUGCUCAAGUUCAAGACUAAUCCCACAAUAACAAACUUGUUCUACUUUGUUACGACUGAUCGGAUGAAAAAAUGCUAUGAUCUAAAAGAAGGGCUAAAACACCAGUUUCUAGAGGCAUCCUCGCAAAAUCGCAAGCCGUCCAACUUAGUGAAUGAAAAGCAAUAAUAAAAAUUCGCAAAAAAAAAACAAAGAAAAACAGCAAAAGUGAUAUGCCUGAAAUCUAUGACAAUAACGGAGUAACACCAUCAUGCAAUAUUUGCUGGAAAACAUGGAAAGCUUUGAUGCUACUAGGAAUAGUAGGGAGAAGAAAAAUGUUUGCUACAAGUAGAUUUUUAAAAUGCUCACACAAAGCCACCUAUUUCUCUAUAGUACAAACGUAGAGAACUAGUGUCGGCGUCUGUAAGGGGGACGCGACGUGACGUGAUGUAUUUUUUGUUCAUCACGCCAUCGCCAGCCAAGCGUUAAAAUUAUGAACCUUUUUUCAUUUUCCACAAUGAAAAACUGAAUUCAACAAAUAUAUUGAGAUUAGGAACAAAGCAUACUUUUUUCUUUACAAAAAUCUAUGUUCUACCACAGAACGCAAACAAAGCAGCGGAUAGUAGUAUAAAAAAUGAACUAUUAUUUUUCUACAAAACACUAAAACAAUGGCUACAGUGGCGGCACGGUGUUUUCAGAGUGUCAUUGAAACACACUGCGUUUGUGAUUAUUUUAACCAAAAUUAUUUGCUACUUUCAUAACGCAUAUAUACAUAUACAAACAUAACACACAGACUAACACCAGACCACGCAAUCUGUUAUCCUUGGAAAAUCUCAUCGAAAUGGCUAAUCGCUACCAUUUACAGUUGUUUCCCACGUUCAAGGUAGCGCAAGGGAACCAUAGGUUUAGAUAAAUUGUAUAAAGGUAGCAGUCGAACAUGUUAGAUAUACAAGGGACAUAGUCUGCUUUUGUAGAAAUGUGUAGAACAAAUAAUUUUGUUAAAAUGAAAUAGCGAGCUGUACCAUACAAAAGCGAAAUAAAAAUCGGAAAACAAAAA